CGAGAGCUUACAAAGCAAAAGAAAAGAAAAGCUGGGUCUGGGAGUCUGUGACGCGGUUCUCUCUCUUUCUCUCGACGUGGAGGUUUCCAAGGAGUCUUUCCGCCAUGGAGAACAGAACCCAACCAUCAGGUAGUAGCCCUCCACCAAAACCAUGGGAACGAGCUGGAUCCUCAUCUGGGCCUGCUCCUUUUAAACCGCCCUCUGCUGGCAGCACAAGUGGUGUAGUGGAGGCUUCUGGAACAGCAAAACCCGGUGAAAUUGUUUCUACAGCAGAUAGGAGCACAACUGUAAAUACAAAUGCACUUGGGAGGCCUGUACCUACUAGGCCCUGGGAGCAGCAGACAUACAACAACAGAUAUGGAGGUUAUGGUUCUAGCUUAAAUUACAAUUCUGGUUAUGGAUCAGGGAUGUGUGGUUCAUAUGGUGGAGUUGGAGGGUCCUAUGGUGGGGGUUUGUACGGAAAUAGCAUGAAUAGAGGAGGCUAUGGUGGACUUUACGGAGGAGGCACGUAUGGUGGGGGAAUGUACAAUGGUGGUAUUGGAGGCGCAAUGGGGGGUUAUGGGGUUGGCAUGGGGGGACCAUAUGGCGAUCAGGAUCCAAAUAAUCCAUUUGGUGGUACGCCAUCUCCACCAGGCUUUUGGAUUUCCUUCUUGCGGGUGAUGCAAGGUGUUGUGAAUUUCUUCGGCAGGAUAGCAAUUUUGAUAGACCAGAAUACACAGGCAUUUCACAUGUUCAUAAGUGCCCUUCUCCAGCUAUUUGAUCGCUCAGGGCUAUUAUAUGGAGAGCUAGCUAGAUUUGUGUUGAGAUUGCUGGGGAUUAGAACAAAGCCCAAAAAGGUUCAGCCCCCUGGAUCUGAUGGACUUCCGGGUCCUCAUUAUCCCAGUGGCAAUCAGAACUACAUCAAGGGACCCAAGGCUACUCCAAGUGGUGCUUGGGACAGUGUAUGGGGAGAUAAUUCAAAUAAUUGAUGUGACCCUUGUUCUUUUUGUCCUGUGAAGGAACUAAUGAGUAUUGGCCACAAUCUGUAUGGAGGUAAGAGCACAGAUGAAACUGAUGCUGCCAUUGCCUGUGUAGAAUGAAUGGCUAUUUGAGUGAAACAACAGAAAUCUCUCUUUCUCACGUGGAAAAAGACUGCUAUUUUAGGCUUAAUAUGCUGAUUUUGUUAGGAAGGGGAGAAAGAAUAAUGUAAUUUGAUUUGCUGUGGGCUACUUGGUGACUAGAGUGAUAUUUUCUUUUUCAGCAGGGCACUGGUUGAAUAUACAUGGAUGAUGACGUCCUUUUAGUCUCUCUCUCUCUCACACAUUGCGCGCGCGAGCCCGCACACAGGUUGUCAAGUGAUGUUGAUUUCUGUUUCUUACUCAUCUAAGUAGUCUUGUAUGAGAUUGAUUUGAACCUACUUUUUGUCUUCAUUCACAUCCAAGCAUUGUCUAGCAAAUUGAGAUGAAAGUGCUCGUCUUCCUCUUUUUAAAAAGUUGCCAGAAUCUUAUUUAUGAGUGAUCGUUGGAAGGUGAUGGUUCUUUGUUUGCUGGGCUAUGGCUGAACUUGGUCUUUUUAAGUUGUACAUUGCUUGUGGGAAGAUUUUGCUGAUUCAAAUUUCAGCCGGAAUUCCAAUGGAAUUUUACAAUGUGUUCAUCAGAGAAUUGUUGGUUGUGGUAUUGGGGCAUGGUUGGUAGUUUGGAUGUUAGGAUCCGGAGGUUUAGGGUAAUUGUUAGUUUCCAUUGGUUGAAGAAGGUGGUGGUGUGGCUGUGCCUUUGUAGAGUAUUUACUGCUCUGGAGUGACAUGGAUGUACUGGGUGUAGUGGUAGAGAUGGGUUAAGGUUGUUGUGACGAGGGUAAAUAGCACCAGCAAACUGAUGAUGGAGACGAUGGAUGAUAGAUGCAAUGAUGGGCGAUAACUGCUAUAAUUCGUCAGAAAAG